AUAGUUUUAGUCAUAUGUGUUUGAAAUGAUCUAUCCGUACAGUUUCAAUAGAAUUUAUCUUCAUUGAUGAAGAUUGAGAUUUCUUUUACACAGAUUUGGAAGGUCAUCUUGCUUGUUCGCUGUCUGUCGGUCGCGCUCUUGCUCCGACCAUUGUCUGGCUCCAGCUGCCCCGCCACGGGCCGGUCGAUCCCCAACCUGUACCCGCUACGCUUCCGCUGUUCUUCUGAGAUGAUUUCGUUUCGACCGAAACUAGGACGCUAGGGCUAGGCCUACUAGUAUUAAUUAUUUAAGCUUCACUCCAUGUAUUGUUAAACCAGGAUGUCUCAAAACUUGAGCCUGAGCCUGAGCGGCUCCCAGAUCUCAUCCAUGAAACGGUCUGGAUCCAGUGGUGCCAUGUCAGGAAAGUCCGGCAGUGCCAGAUCCAACUCUGGUAGGCCAGGCUCUGCCGGUGGAAAUAGACCAAGCUCUGGAAGGUCUAGUGCCAGGUCUACAACCAGCACCACCAGAGGGAAAUCACCUGGUAGAGGGGAAAUGGGAGCUAAUUUUGGUGGAAAGGUGGCAAAUGGAAGGGGAAGUGGAUUGACAAGGAGUUCUAGUAGCUCUGGAAUCGGAAGCUCAGAAUCAAGGCAAAAGAGAUCAGUAGCAGAAUCUACCCAUCGUAGCAACACAACAGAUGAUUCUGAUUCCUUACUCCAAGCUAUGGAAAACCCGAAUUCUACAGAUUUUAUGGCCCUGUUCAACAAUGAUCAUCAGCCUGUUAUCAGAAGCAAAGCUAGUGGAACCACCAAAAAGUCAGCCACUCAGAAAAAGAGACAAGAACCGAUGUCGAGUAGAGCCUUUCAGAUUCCUAUCAGUGCAAGGACCAGUAGCACCUUGGAUUCUUACAGAUUAAACAGCUCCAGAUCCCCUGCAGGAGAUGCAGCCGCCUCUCCAUUUGAAUCACUCACACAGCACCUUGAGAAAGACAUUGAUUCAAACCACAUAGCAAGGAACUCCUAUCAACAAGCAGAGAAGGACUAUGGCAGCAUGCCCCUCAGGAACGAUGGUCCCGCUGUGAGUCCAAGGGGGCCGGACAAGAACCUGAGACCCCCAAGUCCGGUCAAGACCAAUGAAAACGAGUUUCAGCUCGGGGAAGAGCCAACAAGGUAUUGGUCUACAAGUCAGAGUGCUUAUACAGGGGUACCAUUGAACAGAUCAGCGCAUGAUGCAAAUGCACGACUCUUGAGAACUAGUACGUCCUCUGACCAUCCUGUGGCAGAGGAAUACAUUGAGUCGGUCAAUGAGGCUGCCACCAAGAUACAGAGAUGGUACAGAGGGUGUGUACAGGAGAAACAGAAAGAGGGAGAGGAUGAGAUCAGGAAGAUAUUGAGUCAGAAGCGCAAGGAGCGUUCGGAUAUGAUCCAUAGGGAACAGGACUCGGUGAGGACGAGGGAGCAGCAGGAGAGGGAUCGGAAAAGAUCCAGGGAGGAUAAAUUACGGCAAGCAAGGCAAGCAGCAAUUCAGGAUUUACAGCGGUCAAGAGAACAAAAGAAACAAGAAAUCAAGGAAAAAGCUGAAGAGGAAUUACGCUAUCUCAAAGCCAGUGGGAAAGUAGGCAAGAAACCCACAACUAAAAAAGUUGCCACUAAGAAGCAAUCAACAGGAUCAGGUCCAAGCCCUCGGAAAAAGCCUACAGAUGGGACUACAGCUAGGUCAACUGAACCAGAACUAAGUGGACAGCAGAGGCCUGCUACAGCUAGUAGUACAGGGCGAAAGGUGGACGAUAUAUUUGAAAGCGAACCUUCAACUCAUCGUACAGGUGCGACAGAGAAUGGUUACAUUGGUGAUACGGACAGCGAGCAACCUAAUGAUGCUCCGAGUCAGGCUCCAACUAAGACCACACUUACAGAUCUUCUUGAUACCUUGAAGCUUUUAGAAGAACCAGUCAGGGUACCUAGCCCCACAGAGAAGAAGCAGAAAGGACCUGCAUGGUUGGAUAUAUUUGAUGACAAGGGAGAGGAGGAAGGGGAAGAAGAAGAGGACGAAACCAAACCAACAAGUAGCAGGUACCUAUCAGCCAGUAUGACUGGUGGCAAGACUGGUGGUCCUGGGGGCAAAGGUCAAACUCAGUACCUAUCUGAGGAGAAUCUCCAGGAAGCCACAAGGAGGAGUCUAGGAGGAGGGGAGGCUACCAAACCGGUCCAGAAACCUAAGACCAUGCCCUCUCCUAGCCACGCCCUGCUCACAGAUGAGAAGCUCAGGAACAUCAUGUCUUUCCUUGAUGAAGUCGACCAAGCUGAACAGGAGACUGUCAGUGAGUUCUCUCAGGCCUUGGAUGUGGACCAAGCACCCACCACCUCCAGAACUGUCCCCGCUGUUCCUCUGGUCCCUUCUGCGGAGGAGAUCCAGAAGCUGGAGGAAGCUUCUGCAGCAGCCUCAGAGGUCACCAAUACUGUCCUUUCACAGAGGCUGCAGUUGGAGGAGAAGGAUAGGAGUGUCAAGAUGCUACAGAAGGCUUUGAACCAGCAGCGUGAGCUGACAGUCAGACAUGCAAAGGAACAGGAUAAAGAGACCAAAAGAAGACUUCAACUUCAGAAGGAAGAAUAUGAAGCAACUAUCAAGAGACAUCUAUCAUUCAUUGAUCAGCUUAUUGAUGAUAAAAAGGCGUUAGGGGAGAAAUAUGAUGGUGUGGUGACAGAACUCAAGCAAGUUGAUAAGAAAUACCAAGGAAGAAUAAAGAACAUGGAAGACAGUCAUUCGAGAGAACUGAGCAAGAUCAAGGAUGUACAGGCUGCAGCAGAGAAGCUGAGAAGAGAAAAAUGGAUUGAUGAGAAAACAAAGAAAAUAAAGGAGAUCACUGUGAAGGGACUUGAACCCGAGAUCCAACGCUUGAUUGCAAACCACAAGACCGAGAUCAAGAAGCUGAAGACCAUCCAUGAAGCCGAGAUGCUCCAGGCCGAGGAGAGGGCGGGUCAGAAGUAUGUCCGUCAUAUAGAAGAGCUCAGGGAUCAACUGGCUGAUGAGAAAGAAGCUGCUUGUGCCAGGGAAAGGGAACUUGCAAAGCAAAGAUAUGAGAAGCAGUUGGAGCAGGAGGAGGCUGCCUACCAGCAGCAGAGGAGGCGGAUGUACUCCGAGGUACAGGAGGAGAAGGAUCGCAUCAAUGAACAGGCCAGGAGACAGAGGCAGGAGAUGGACAGACUACAGCAGACGAUGGAGGCUAACAGUCACAAGGCUAUCAGUGCUAUGAAGGAGGAGUAUGAGAAAGCUAGGGAUGAACAGGAGAGAAGACACAGGGCCGAAGUGAAAGACCUAGAGGAACGUCUGAGGAUUGAGAAGGAAGCAUGGGAAGAAAACUACAUGAAGAAACAGGAAACAUGGUUGCUGUCUAAAGAGCGUGAACUGAAGGAGCAGGUUAGGAGAGACAGAGACAAGGAGAUUGAGAUGGUUAUCACCAGAUUAGAAGACGAUGCUCAGUCUUCCAGGGAUGAGCAAGAAAGGGCAGCAGAGAAUAGGAUCAAGCGAAUCCGAGACAAGUACGAGGGUGAGCUGAGGGAAGUUGAGACCUCUGAGAGAAAGACCCAAGAGAGACUGAAUGAAGUGAAAGCUCAUCUAGCUGAGGUCGAAGGAGAGAAUCUACGAAUCGAGGCCCUGUUCAAACAGAAAGAUCAUGAGGUCAACGAGGUCAAUAAGGUUUGUGAAAGACUCAACAAGGAACGUAAAAAUGUUGAGGAGGUAAUCAGGCAAGAGUUUGCCGAUCGCUUGGUUGCCGUGGAGGAUGAGAACAAGAGGGUUAAGAAUGAGAUCUCAGAGAUGAGAGCCAGACACAAGCUGGAGCUGACCCGGAUUCAAGAGAGCAAGGAGGAGGAGAUGGAGGAGGUCCAUAAACGGGUCAAACAAGCAAUAGCCAAAAAAGAAGAUGUGGUCAGUCAGUUGAGACAACAGCAUGCAGCAGCGGUCAAGCGAGCUGACCAUCUCGAGUCUCUCUUAGAACAACAGAGGAAACAGCUGGUCAAGAAGAAAUGAUCUAACAAGUAUGUGGUUCUCUGGAAACGGUGGUUUGUUCUCUCUACCUCUAACCCUAAGGAUGUGGGUUCAAACUUAAGAUGGGACAGCAGAAUUCAUAUAGUAUCCCUGUCUUGCUACAGGAAACAUCUGGGGCCCAUUUCAUAAAAGUUCUUGUUAUAACAAAUUAGCAAUUACAGUUAAAGCUACUGAAACCAUUAACUUUGUUUGGCUGCUAAUAGACCUGUAAUAGAAAUUAAGUGUAACAAGUCUUUAUGAAACAAGAUCCUGGUUGAACAGAAAUGAUGUAAGCAGCAUUGUGCAUGCUAUGGACAGUAGUUUGCCAUGCGGGUUUUUCGUAAGGAGGCUACAGGUUCAAAUCUAGUCGAUGUCGACGGUGGCAGACUGGAGCAAUAGGGUUGACCAAAAAGAGCUGAAUGUCAAAGUACACCAUUGAAAGCAGCUCAUCAUAAAAAAAUGUUUGCAGGAAUAUAGAGUGGUCAUGUGUAACACUGCCGUUCUUUAGACUCAGAACUUUGGAGACUCCCCUCCCUCCCUUCCUGCUCUUAAUGUGGUGCAAUGCACACAGAUACGAUAGAAAGGUUUAUCAAGGCAGACAUUUUAUGAGACAGACUAGUAGAAAAGAUUAUAUCAGACAAAUAGGCAGUUUCAUGUACCAUUAAUAUGAAAGGUGGUGUGAAUUGUCUUUGACUUGUGCAAUGUCUUGGCUUAUGUGAACUUGAUUUAUUCAAGGUAUGAUACUGGUAAGUAUUAUGUUAUGAAACAAAGUACCCAAUGAGUUGUGUGUGAAAUUUCUGGUGUUUGUUCUUAUUAUUUUCUCUUGAGAACCUAAAUUAGGUUAAAACUGUCCAUCCUAGAAUAAGCGGAUAUCAUGUAAACUAAAAUUGAAAUUUCAAAAAUGUUCAUUUGUCAGUGAGAGUUAGAAACGUUCGGAAUAGAUGUGUUUUGGUUUGAUAUGAAUAUUAAGAAAGGAAUUUAAUAUUUAUCACAUUUAUGAUGUUGAAUGUGUUUCUGGUCAGAUUUAUUUUAUUUCUUCUCAUAUUAAAACAAUGUAUAUUCAAUUGCAAUUUUGAAAAAAAAAAUCAAAGAGAGAUUGAAAUGCCGUCCAUGAACUUUAUAUCACCUUGAAUUCACCCCUCCAUUAUUUCAUUAUUCUUUUAGCAUUUCAUUUCAGUUGGUUCACACUUGCUACUGUGUAAUGAAAUAAGAUUUUCAUAUAUUGUGGCUCAUUAUCUUUUUGGAGUUUUGCAAAAUACAAAAAAAAACCUUGAAAGUUUUAUCAUCAAAGUUUGAUACUGGAUUUACUCUAAAAUUUGUACAUUGCCUUAUUUAUUAACAAUUCUGAAGUUGUAAUUGACAGAUUAUCUGCCAGCCUUGUGAAACUUCGUACUUUCUGAAAGGUAACUUGUAUUUUCUCUACUCACUGACCGAAAGCAAGGACUUUGCAAUUUUAAGCUGCCUAUUAAUUUAUGUAAAAACCAAUGAAUAAUUGAAAACCUUGCAUAGUAUUUUACUUAGAUUAUUCCUGAAUAAGAAUGAUGAUGAUUAUGAUGAUGAUAUCGAUGCCCAUGGCAAUGACAAUGAUGGUGGUGAUGAUGAUGAUGAUGAUGAUGACGAUGAUGAUUAUGAUGAUGGUGAUAAUGAUGUUAGUGAUGUGAAUAAACGUAACUUACAUGUAAGUAAGUAGAGAAUGGAAAUGAUAAUAAUGCAGUAAUAUAAUCCUGCUAUUAGUAUUACAGAAGAUCAUCGGUGUAUCAUUUGCACAAUUGAGAUUACUCUGAGGAAAAGGAAAUCAGUUUUGAUAUCUGGACUCCGUGAAUGUUCAUUUCUGCUCUAAUAGUGCGGCGAUUUGGAAUCUGUUAUCAGGUUAUGUUCCACAUAAAUGGCAUUUAAAGUGCUGGUAAAAUCCCCUUGGAAGUGAAUUUCACUAUUCCAAUUCAUUUCUAGAUUAUAUUAAUAUGUGUGCCCUUAAUCAGUGAUGAUGUAAAGGAUAUGGAAUUCUGAAAAUUUUGUUCCAUUGGAUAAAGUUUGAUUUGUUUCCCGAUCACACUGAAAUAUCUUUGUAUCAUUUGUUGAUAUAAAGCCACUUCUCAGGCAUGAAAUGGCCUGAAGAUGUCAGUGUAUGAUCUGCGUGUAGCUGUCGUAUCCAAUCACUAAAAUUGUAAGACAAGCUCAAAGGGCCAUUUAAUAAAUAUCGUGAGGGGCUACUACAUAACUAAUAAUGAAAAAUUAUAAUUUUCACAAAGAAUCAAUGGUUGAAAGAAAAAUUCAAUGUCCACUCUAUUCUUGUAGGUUUGGAAUAUUAGAUGAUACUGAAGUAUAAUUACAUUAUUAACCCUUUACCAAAAUAUUAGACAGGCUUUAAAAUAAAAACACCCCUGUACAAAAAAGAGUAUCAAGAGCAGAUGUUAAGAGCAGAAACCUCCUUGAGAUAAGUGCAUAGAAUUUUCAGUGAUUUCUCUUUGCAUUUCACGUACUAGGGGAUUUUAAGUGCAAUUCUCUUUUGAAUUAUCAUAUUCUUCCUGAAUCUCAGGAAGAGAUUGGGAAAUGACAUUCAUCUCCUUUGUCUUGAUAGACUAACAAGAAAGGGCAUCUUAAUGCAGAAGUGAUGCAAGUAGUGCAGUAUACUACUUCACUUUAAUUUUUUGUAAUUAGAAUUUUGACUUUAAAGGAUAUAUUUUCAGCAUAUAAAUUUGCAAUAACUAACACAUACGAUCCCUCAUGCUUACAGAAAAGGUUUUUGUAAGUGUAAAAAAAAAAACACGCUUGGCAGAAUCUAAAUGUUGCCACAGUAACAUGUAUGUGUGUGCUUCUCCUGUUAUAUGAUCUAAUGACAUUCUUUUUCAAGUCCUGGGCAUGGACAAGUGUAAUGAAAUGAUACUGUAUUUUGUAUUUAGAUGUGACAACUGAAAACCUUGAAUAUUUAUUGUAAAUAGAUUUUGAAUGAAUUAAUGGUAUUCAUAAAGUGUUCAGAUUAUGUAUAAAGGUUCGAUGAUAUGUAUAUAAUAGUUUUAGUUGAUGUAUGAUAGUAUGAGAUAUUUAGAUUACAAUGAUUAAACUCCAAACUAAAGA